AUGAGAGUUUCUUCUUCUGCCCUCUUGGCGGUGGCCAGCGCCGCUGCCGUAUCGGGCACCAAGGUCAUCCUCGACAACGACUGGAGUCCCGCCGGCUUCAUCCCUUACCUACUGGCCCUGAACGCCGGCUGGGACGUGCUAGGUCUGAUCGGCGACACGGCCAACUCGUGGGCGCUGCAGACGUCCCUCCACGGACUGGCCACCCUUGAGAGAGGCAACCUGUCGUCGUGCAUUCCCGUCUAUCGCGGCGCUGACUACCCACUUCUCAAUACCCCACAACUGUUUCAGGCCUGGGAGGAGGUGCACGGAGUGCUCCCCUGGCAGGGCGCCUUCGCGCCAGAGAACCUGACGGCCGAGGCGGCAGGGAGCGACCCGACUUCCGGCGACCCGAAUCGUAUUUCCAAGGCAGCCUUCACCGAGGGCUACCCCAACACCACGCUGGCAAGUGGCCCGGCCGCAAUCUGGCUCGUCGAGCAAGUCAACAAGUACCCUGGCGAGAUUGUGAUCUACUCCGGUGGUGCCCUGACCAACAUUGCGCUCGCCGUGCGCAUGGACCCGACUUUUGCCUCAAAAACUAAGGGCCUCGUCAUCAUGGGAGGCUACAUCGACGUGAACCUGCUCCAGGUCGUUGGCAGUGUCGGGGAAGCUGACGACAACUCCGAUAUCAACCUCAUGAUUGACCCGGAAGCCUCCAAAAUUGCAUUGACGGCUGACUUUCCUAACAUCACUAUCGUCGGAAACGCUGCCAAUCAAGUCUUCCCAACCCAGGCCUACUGGGAUGAAGUGUACCAGGUCAAAAACGCGUACACGGAACUGGCCUACAACUACUACGGCACCAUUUUCCCCUUUUGGGAUGAGACCGCCAUGUUUUCCGUCCUGGACCCAGCUAAUGUCUUGAACUCUACCCAAUUCUACCUCGAUGUCGAUACCGCAGCAUCCAGCCCGAACUACGGAAAUAUCCACGCGUACCAGGAGGCCUUGACGCCAGCGGCCCAGACGCUACAGAAAGUUAAUUACGUCUUCGAGGUUGAUGGCAACAAACUACUAGAGGAUAUCAAGCAGACUUUGCAGUAUCCCCCGACCUGUGCGGGUCUGUAG